AUGAACACAGUAGUCUUUGAACACCUGAAGAAUCAUAUUGCCCUUAGAAGACCUAUUGAAGAAAUGCUGCAAUGUGAUGCCCCUAUGAUCAAAGAAGUCUCUCACAUGCAUCAUGUCAGCACAACAACCUUGUUAAUACUGCAGGGCUAUGUCAUGAAAUCUCUGGAAGAAAAGUGGUUUAAAGAUUACCAAGAUCUCUUUCCACCUCAUCCUCCAGAGAAGGAAACCGAAAUACCACUAGCUUCACCCAGGAAGCCCUCAAAGACAGCAGCUUACCUGCAGGAAUCCCAGAAGAGAGGCUGGUUGAAGAUAAUCAGCUUUAUCAAGAGAUUUUGUAAGUACCGCAGAUUUAUGUCUAAUCCCCAAAAGCGCCGGGAGUUUGAAGACUAUCUUCACCUGGAAGUACACAAUAACAAGGAAAAUCUCUCCACAUCACCAAACAUAUCAGGGCUCCCCAUCACAAAUCCCAACAUCCGAAGUGCAGAUCACGAGAAUGGAAACAUAAUCCUUAUGAAGCGCCGGAUAUUUGGCUACAGGAUUAUUACUGUCAACUUUGCCAUCAAUGAUUUAUAUUUCUUUUCUGAGAUGGAAAAAUUUAAUGGUUUGGUGAGUUCAUCUCAUGUGCUACAAGUCAACCAGGCAUACAACGAGAAUGACGUGAUCCUAUUGAAGUCCAAAAUUAACAUCAUCCUAAAGCUCUACCUGGAUUCAGAGGUCCCUUCAAGGCUGAGGGUAAACAUCUCUGAGUCCCAGAAGGAUGCCAUCCUUGCUACCAUUGCAGAGGGCCACCUAGAUCGGAGCAUCUUCCAUGGGGCUAUCAUGGCUCUCUUCCCCGUCAUUAUGUACUUCUGAAAAAGGUUUUGUUCCUGCAAGGCAAUCCGCUCUUACUUCCAGUACAGGGGGCAGAAGUUCAAAGACAAAAUCGUUUCUCCUAAACCUGUGUACAAGUACCCUCCUUGGAGUGGAGGAGACCAUGCCGUCUUAAGAUUCACCUUACUCAGAGGUAUUGAGUGGUUGCGACCUCAACUCCGGGAUGCAGCAGGAAGCCCAGUCCAAAACUCUUCAUCUAGCAUCCUCACCCAGUCAAGACAUGCUCUCUCCGCCAUGCAGUUGUCUUGUCCCAGGACCUGCUGCAAGUCCAGCAGGGGCUUGGAGCUGCCCAGGCCUUAUUUGCCAGUGCUGGUGCCUGGAAGACAAGCAACUUGGGAGCUCUUUGCACAGAAGGGCAAUGCAUUGCUUCAUAGUUACAAGUUCUUGAGGAAGAAGAUGAGGAUAAGAAUGAGGGCGCCCUGUCCUGAAAGCAAAGUGUUUGAGCUUUGGCCAUCGCCAUACUUAGAGCGGAUGACGGCAACCAACCAGUAG